CCGGAAUGUGUGGAUGCUCGGAUACCACACACUCCCCGAACGGCCCAAGACGACGAAAUGGCCGAAAUGAGGAGACAGAUGACUGAGCUCAGAGAGCAGGUCAAUCGGACGCCCCAACAAACCCCGCCAGCACGGGUUGGGAUCACCUCUCCCUUUACUAGGGAAAUCAUGAACGCCGAAAUCCUGAAGGACUGCCGUCCCUCGACCGGCUUAGCAUACGAUGGGGUGGGAGAUCCCCACGUACACCUGAGGAGUUACCAGGGUGGCCUCAUGCUAUUGGGAGCCACCGACGCGGCAAUAUGCAGGCUGUUCUUCAGUACCCUUCGGGGACCAGCCCAGGAAUGGUUCGGGACAUUACAACCCGGGUCGAUCGGGAGCUUUGCGGAGCUAUCCACCUUGUUCUUGGCUCAGUUCGCCUCCAGCACAACCCCGAAAUUACAUUUCGGGUAUCUAACCAGUGUGAGGCAAGGGCCUAGAGAAUCAAUCUCCGGAUUCCUCACCAGGUGGAGGACCGAAACCCUGAAGGUGACCGGCAUGACAGAUGAGACGGCCAUCCUUCUUUUCACCGAUGCCCUUCAGACGGGAGAUUUAUACAGGGAGCUGAAGAGGAAUCCGGGGACCAGCUACCCAGACAUCCUGGAAAGGGCCAGGAACUAUGCGGCCCUGGAAGAAGAGAUCAGGAUAAGGGACCGAACGGCCCCGCAACCUCCCACUUCAAGACUGGCAGAACGUCUGGGACCCACACCAGCGGCUGCAGCACCUCAUCGAAGGACUACGCGCUUCACCCCCCUGGUCAUGUCUAUAGCUGGUGUUUUCCAUUUGGAACAUAACGCCAUUCCUCCCCCUACUGACACAAGGCCCGUGAUGGGACCUACCCCAAGCUCCUACUGCAGAUACCACCAACGGAACGGGCACCUCACGAAGGAUUGCCACGCCCUACAUGUGGCAAUUGAGGACCUGAUCCAAAAGGGCUACCUGAGGAAGUAUGUCAGCACCAGCCUGAACAGCCCCAAUCAGCGCCCUCCCCCGAUCCAAUAGCUGGAAGCGGGAUGCCCAGCGGGAUGCGGAACCCAGUAAUGAUUCAUACCUUCCCCCUAUAGAGGAGGCUGAGGGGUCUGGGAAUCCAGGGAAAAAGCCACGAUUGGAGGUGAAAGUCAUCUUUGGCGGGGGAGAGACCGGGGAUACGGCCGCCGAACGCAAGAAAUUUGAGCGCAGCCUCUAUGUCGCCACUGUAGCUGCACCUCCCACAAAGAAGGGCCGCCUAGAGCCAAUCAUGUUCGGGGUGGCUGAUUUACCCAACUCACCAAGUCCGCACAGGGACGAGCUAGUGGUGAGUAUGUGUAUAGACAACGCCUUGAUCCACCGAGUUCUGGUGGACACGGGAAGUAGUGUGAACGUGCUGUAUUUACGCACGUUGGAGAAGAUGAAGCUAAAGAAGGACCAGCUGACCAAGCUGAAGACACCGCUGGCUAGCUUCACCGGCAAUGUAAUAGAGGCAGAGGGCACCAUCCAGCUUCUGGUGGAAAUUGGUGAUGAAACUCACCGAGCGGCAGUCCGGAUGACGUUUGUGGUGGUGGAUAUUGCAUGUGCCCACAAUGCCAUAUUGGGCCGUCCGGGGCUAGAAGAUUUGGAGGCAAUUGCCUCUGUUCGACACUCAUGCAUCAAAUUCCCGACUGACACUGGUGUAGGAGUGGCUCGAACAGAUCCUGCCAUAGCCCGAACGUGCUACCGGGAAGCUUUGAAACAAAUGACCACCCGGGGACAGCGGGUAAACAGCAUUGAGGUACAGACCCGGCGUACGGAGUUCGAGGGACGCCCCGAGCCAGCCACCCUCUUAGAAUACAUCGAGCUUGAUUCCCCUCCCGAUCGUAAGAUUGCGAUCGGGGUGGACCUUGAAGGGGGAAUCAGGGAGGGGGUGAUCGCUGUCCUGAAGAGAUUCCAGGUCCUAUUUGCCCGAGGACCCGAAGAUAUGCCGGGAAUUGAUCCGGCCCUCAUCUGCCACAAGUUGGCCGUUCGGCCUGAUGCCAGGCCAGUCCAACAGAAGAAGAGAUAUCAGGCGGCCGAACGGCGGGAAUUCACAAAGCAGGAGGUAGCCACCUUACUGAGAAUCAGGCACAUUAGACCAGUCAUCCAUGUCGAAUGGUUGGCUAAUGUGGUCCUUGCUCCAAAAGGAGCUACUUGGAGAAUGUGUGUGGACUACUCUGAUCUGAACAAAGCCUGCCCCAUGGACCCCUAUCCUGUCCCACGAAUAGACCUGCUGGUGGAUGAAACGGCAGGAUGUGAACUGCUGAGCUUUAUGGAUGCCUUCCGGGGUUAUCACCAAGUCUUCAUGCACCCAGAUGAUGCAGAAAAAACUGCGUUCGUCACCUCGGACGGCGUGUUCUGCUAUAUCGUCAUGCCGUUCGGGUUGAAGAAUGCAAUGGCCACUUUUCAAAGAAUGAUCGGCAUACUCUUCAAAGAGGUACUAGGGGUAACCAUGGAGGCAUAUGUAGAUGACAUCCUAAUCAAGAGCAGGAAGAAGGAGGAUCAUGUCCGGGAUAUGGAAAGGGUCUUCGGGAUCAUGCAGGAGGCCAACAUGAGACUGAAUCCAAAAAAGUGCGCCUUCGCAGUCAAGGGGGGCAAAUUUUUGGGUUAUAUGAUGAGCGAGCGGGGGAUUGAGCCUAAUCCUGAGAAAGUAAAGGCAAUCAUGGACAUGGAAGCACCGCGGAACUUGAAAGAAGUUCAGAAGUUGACCGGAAGGUUAGCGGCUUUGAGCCGAUUUAUGGCUAAACUGGCCGAUCGCGCCAUUCCAUUUUUCCAAAUAAUGAAAAAGGCCAACCCGUUCGAAUGGACAGCAGAAUGUCAGGCAGCUUUUGAAGAAUUCAAAUUGUACCUGUCUUCCCCCCUGGUCUUAACUAAAGCAGACCCAGGGGAACAUCUCUAUAUGUAUCUGGCUGUGGCUGAUCUGGCGGUCAGCUCUGUUUUAUUAAAGGAAGAUGAGGGCGUUCAGCGCCCUAUAUACUUUGUGAGCAAAGCCCUGAACGGGCCAGAAACCAGGUACACCCUACUGGAAAAAACCAUUUUAGCAUUGAUUGCUACCAUCAAGCGACUGGCACCCUAUUUCCAGGCCCACCCAGUCACCAUCUACACCACCCAGCCCCUGGCCACCAUACUGAGAAAUCCUAUGGCAAGUGGGCGUAUCACCAAGUGGUCCCUCCUGAUCGGGCAGUAUGAAAUAGACUUCAAGCCUCGCCCCACGAUCAAGGGACAGGCUUUGGCUGACUUCAUUGCCGAAUGCACUGCCAGAUCAACUGAAGAAGGAGCGAACGGAGGAGUGCAGGACCAUUGGUGGGAAAUGUAUGUGGAUGGAGCAUCCAGCAGCAAAGGCUGUGGUGGGGGUGCUGUGAUCACAUGCCCCGAGGGGUUCAAGGCAUACUACUCCGUACAGUUUGACUUCAAGGUGACCAACAAUGAGGCCGAGUAUGAGGCCCUUAUUGCUGGUUUAAAGUAUGCCAAGGCCCUGGGGGCCAGCAGAUUAAAAGUCCGUUCAGAUAGUCAGCUGGUGGUAAGCCAGAUUAAUGGAUCUGCCGAGGUUAGGGAAGAACGGCUAAAAGCCUACAAGGAACUGGUUGAGGAAGAAAUCGGCAGGUUCGAACAGGUGGUGAUUGACCAGAUUCCCAGGAUCGAAAACAGUGAGGCAGACAUCCUAUCCAAACUGGAAUGCGCCGUUCGGGACGAUCAUGCCCCGGGCAUCCCCGCACACAUCCAGAGGUUCGCACAGAAAGAAAUACUGACCACACCGGCAACAAUGGUUGUGCGGGUAAAUGCCGUGUCCUAUGCCGUUCCAAGCUGGGUCACUGACUUGACAAAUUACCUGAAGGAUGGGACUCUGCCGAACGAUAAAAAUGACGUGUACAACCUCACUUGUAUACAGCGAAGAGCCCCAAUGUUCGAACUGGUGGACGGACAGCUGUACAAAAAGACGUUCGGGGGGCCAUAUCUGAAAUGCCUUCCACCCGAUCAGGCAGCCGCUGUGAUGGAAGAAAUUCACGAAGGUAUCUGCUCCAGCCAUCAGGGGCCAAAAACCCUGGCUAGGAAAAUCAUCCUGCAGGGUUACUAUUGGCCAACUAUUCAGCAGGACUGUUUUGGGCACACAAAGAAGUGCAAAAUAUGUCAGCUCUACGCACCAGUACCUGGGCGGCCCGCGACCUUUUACACUCCAAUGACCAUAUCAUUACCAUUCGCUAGAUGGGGGAUCGACUUGCUAGGGCCCCUACCUAAUGCGACCGGAGGAAGGAAGUACAUCAUAGUAGGGAUUGAUUACUUCACCAAAUGGGUGGAAGCCGAACCCCUGGCCAG